AUGAUCGCAAUCCAAACACUCAAAAGGCAGCGCCUCACUGCGAUCACAUCUCAAGCCUCAAUUUGCUAUUCCCAGUUCUUCUCGACAUCGCCCAUCUCCCAGGAUGCUCACUCCUUGGCUUCGAAACAACCCCCAUCCAAACCCCACUCCAUUGAUCCGCGAUGGCUUACCAUGAUCAAAAGACGGAUUGGAAAAUGCAUGAUGUUCGGCCUGAAGCCGCCACAGGUCGAGGAAGCAGGAAACAUACUCCAGCGCAUUGCGCGCGAUUGGCGCGAGCUGAUCGCCGGCAGUGAGGGCUAUCUGACGGAUGAAUGGAGGAGGGGGUUAUAUCGGCAGAAGGUCGCUUGGGGAGAAAUGGAUGUUCUGCGCUGGCGACAGGAUAGCAUGGGUAUGUGGACUUUUCCCUAUACAAUUGGACGACACGUCAAUAACGUCACGUAUCUCCGAUACGCCGAAACCGCACGGGUAUACUUCACGCGCAACUUCGCCGUACAUUUAGACCCAGCACACAAGAAGGAAUGGAUGGAUCUGGUGAGCCCAAGAGGAGUUGGCGUCAUUGUCCGGAGUAUCAAAAUCGACUACAAAUUCCCCAUGACGUAUCCCGACAAAGUCACCGUCUACCAUAAACUAGUCCACGACCCGUCCUCAGCUCAGCAAUCCCAGUACGCAUUCUAUCUCCAGGCUAUGAUUUUAUCCGAAGCGCGUCAGCGACCUGCUGCCCGCGUGCACGAGGACAUUGUCGUGUACGAUUACAAGCAGAACAAGAAGACUACCCUACCGCCAUUCGUCGAGGCGCAGUUUCAGACAAUGUGGGAACUCCAAGAGCGAGCCAGGAAACACUGGCAGCAGCAGAUCCUUGACAUUGAAACGCAAGUUCGCAAAUUAGAGGUGGAAAGCUGGGAUCGGGAGGGCGCUGUUGAGGAUAUGGGUUCUGCGAGGAAAUGA